UGAAUUUGGGCACGGGACCAGCGAGGUCUUGUCGCCAGCUGUCGCGUUCCUGGAUCCAAAACAGUCUGCUUCAAUGCGCAGUUGGCAUACGGCUUUUUCUGCCCCUGUCCUGAGAAAUGAGCAGCCCUGGCAAGAAAUCGCCGAAGUUUCCGAGUGGCAUCAAUCUACAGUUUGACAUUGUAAUUAUAUGAAUUAGCCUGUUACAGCUGCCUCUGCCCGUGCAUCAUAAUGGCUUUGCGAAUUCAUUAGCCACCCUGCAUUACUUAACCAGUCCAAAACUUGCCUGUCAGCCGCGGUUUUUUUACCGCCGUCUUAUUUUGUUCAGUGUCGCCUUAUUAUGAUAUUUAUAGGGUUAGACGGGACGGCAGCCUAUUCCUUUCAGCACCCUCUGAGGGAGCCACGUUUUAGAACCGCAAGCGAGAGGAUGUUGUCGGGCCCAGCUACUUGCGCCUGCUACGGCACCGGAGCCGGUUCGGUGGAUUGUGGGCAAAAUUAGUGAAACGGUGAGGGUGCACAGAGCCGGACGGUGCUGAUGGCGCGCGUGCAUCUUGCACGAUUUGCCUUCACGUGCGUAUGCCAGGGCCGGCUGGCGGCGUUCCCCACCUCCCUGGAGGGGGAUGAGGAGCGACUGCAGGGGCGGAACGGAAUGCUGCGAGUCACCGGCAGCAGGAGUGCCUGGGACAACGGGGGCGGCGGGCGGAAGGCGCGAGGGAGGGAGGCGGAUUGAGGUGAGGGGGGGCGGGCGGGAUUGGGGUGAUGGGGGGUGGGGAAGCGGUGGUGGGUGGGCGGGGUUGAGGUACGCGCGCCGUGAGACUGACUGUGGCGGACUAGCGGCGAGGGUGCUUUGGCGGUAGUUGAUUGAUGCUGGCAGGUCAGCGCCAACCACCAACACCAACACCACCGCACGCAGUCGGGCUCGGGUGCCUGGAUGGGUGCGAAGUUGGGGUGCGGCCGCGGGUGUGACACGAUUGCAUCCAUCCGGGGUAGCGGUGCGCUGUCCAGUAACUGGCGUUUGCGGCAUUUGCGGCGGGCCCGGGGUGAGGCAGGCUAACCGGUGUGCGCGACAGCAGCUCUGGGGCUGCACCGCCCGGCAGGCCCCGUGUUGGGCUUGUCAGUAAGUUUGCGGUUAGGACCGAGCUGUGGGCGGGUAAUCGCGCAAUUCCUGUCCAUCUCGCACAUUGAUGCGGAAACGUUUGGCUUGUGCGCUGGCACUUGCGGCCUUGCGGGGGUCCACUCCGAUUCCGACACGCGUCCAGUGCCAGCCACGCGCCGCCUUAGUCAGCAUGUGCGAGGCUCCCAACGGCCGCAGCUACCCUUGCGGCUGGCGCUUUGAGCGGAAGCUGACCUGAAGGACCGAUGGACUUGGAGGGGUCAGAACUCCCAAUGAGUAAGCACCGCGAUGUAUGCCGCGCGGUGCGUGUCGGAAUUCUGGCAUAGCCGGGCUGCAUAGCCGGAUGGCGCCAAUCCUGCUUUAAUUCCUUGUAUCUGAGCCGCCCGCUCUUGGCAAUUCAACACCACAAGAACUCGGCGCCGGGAAGUUUACGCAAGCACGGCACGAGUAGCAAGGUGGCAAGCGCGCGACGCGUGUCGUGUUGAGUUUUUCGCCCUGCGGGUUACUUGCCGCAUAUGCGCCAGCUUAAUAGCUUAUGCGCUGUUGCACAAUAAUUCUGCAGGAGCGUUUCAUAAGGCCGAAACAGCAUGCGCCGCUCCUGCCGCCAGGGCAAAAGUUGAGCUGAAAGGACGAGCGCACGGCGGUUAAGCUCGUCUGGAGCUGGUGCGGUGUACCUCUUGCAGUACAAUGAACCCAAGUAGUCUAGUGAGAAUGGGUUA